AUGGCUCACGUAUCAGAGGACCAGGUCGUCCACUUCUCCCUGGAAGAGGUGCAAUCGACCCGUUUCCGAGCUGCUCGAUCCCUCCUGGGGCGUUUGUUCACAAAUGAUCAAGUAAACACGGGGGAGUUGCGAGAGGAGUUGCUGGAUGCCUGGAAAAUCCGUGGGCAGCUUAGGGUCAUGCGAGCUAAGCAUGGCCUGUUCGAGAUCGUUUUGCCUAAUGAAGAGGCUAAGAAAUGGGCACUGUCUCGGAAUCCAUGGAUCAUUAAAGAUCGAUUGCUCACCCUUGGCCCCUGGUCACCUGUGAUUCAGAAAAAGAACUGGGAGGAGAUGGCAAAGGCCCCACUUCGAGUCCAGCUUUGGGGAGUCAAAGAAGACUGCUGCACCAAACUUUUUGGGCGGAAAAUGGUGGCUGCAGCGAUCGGCCAAGUUAUUGAUGCUGGGAUCUUUGCGUGCAAGGAGACUGGAGAACGUUUUAUCAAAGUGAAUUCUGUUAUUGACUUCUCCCUGCCUCUCCGAUCACAGAUUAUGGCAGCAAGUGAGGAAGGCGACAAGUUUUGGGUUAGCUGCAAAUAUGAAUUCCUGCCGAGUUUUUGCUUCCGUUGCGGCCGAAUUGGACAUGCCCGCCGUGACUGUGCUUUUGAUCCCCCUCAGGGUCAAGAGCGAUUCGGCCCUCACAUGGCAACUAAGAAGGUGGGGAGGAAACUCUAUGAGGAGGAAGGCGACUCCCCUGUUUUUGGAGGGUCGAGGCGGUCUGUUUGGAUCAAUCGCCAGCAACGUAUUCCCUUGCCAAUGGAGAACGCUGAACCAGCAAGGGACUCUCAAAAUCUCGCCCAGUCAUCGGCGAGAGUGGACCAAGCUGCCUUCUCAGAGACUUUGAUGACAAAGGUGUCGAUUGAUGAACCGACUGUGCAACUGAUGCAAGGCUCGGGAGGGGCGGCCCAAAAAGCAAGAGGAAGCCCGCGUGGCUUUGUCGUGAAUCGCCCCCCCAAAGUCCGCCUGGGACAGAACCGGCCGAGCAAAGCUGGAAGGAAGGUGUCGGGGACUGCUCCGGGAAACCCAAAAAUCGAGAGGAGGACGGCCAUCGCUCCGGCUCUUUCUCGGCCUAGAUCCUCAGCUAAGGUACAAUCGGAGACACCAGCCAUGGUCGAGGAGCACUCUCGACGGCGCCGACUCCUACUUGAUAAGGACUCGGACGACGAUAUGGUGGACGCGAUUCCUAUGGAUAGUCAGGGUGCUUCGGAUCCAACCCGACAAUUGAAAUCGGCUGGGGAGAUGGAGGCCGGCGUUGAUCAGAGGGAUCCGGAAGAGGUCAAACCGGUGAGAAGGAGACUUCGGCGGGCCAAGAGCAGGGGGCGGGUACAAAGAAUUCUGAGGAGGCCCGGCCCAAGGCAGUAG